UGUUACAUAGAGAUAUGUUAUAAAGAUUAUAUAUACUGUAUAGAUAGAUAGAUAGAUAGAUAGAUAGAUAGAUAGAUAGAUAGAUAGAUAGAUAGAUAGAUAGAUAGAUAGAUAGAUAGAUCAUAUAAAAUAUCUGGUUUGUUAGCUUGUUGAUGUAAUGCUAGUUAACACCUAAAGGGGCGCUGUGAUGGAGCUCAACUGAUUAAAGCAGCAGCUACCAGCGGCGAAGAAGAGCAGGACUGUUUGGGCUCCUCAUUGACCGAAAAGGAGCGCGUUUUCUUCUUUCCACCACGCUAAGCUUACACUCGAAACCAAAAGCCAUGGCUCGGUACAUGCGCCCGCCGAACUCGUCCUUGUUCGUCAGAAACAUCUCCGACGAGUCCAGGCCUGAGGAUUUGCGGCGUGAGUUUGGCCGCUAUGGGCCAGUAGUAGAUGUCUACAUCCCACUUGACUUCUAUACACGUCAACCAAGAGGAUUUGCAUACAUUCAGUUUGAGGAUGUGCGCGACGCCGAGGACGCUCUUCACAGCCUGGACAGGAAGUGGGUGUGCGGCCGCCAGAUCGAGAUCCAGUUCGCCCAGGGAGACCGGAAGACACCCAAUCAGAUGAAAACGAAGGAGCGGCGCUCUCCGUCGCGGUCGUCCCGCUACGACGACGACUACGACCGCGACAGACGGCGCAGACACUCGCGCAGCCGCAGCUACGACCGCCGCCGCUCGCACAGCCCCUCGGACGACCGCCGGCGCCGGCGCUCGGAGAGCCCCCGAGAAUCUCGCGGACGGCAGCACGGACGAGGGGGAAGCCGAGGCCGUGACGAGGACAGACACCGUCAGAGGCCUCGCAGGGAGUCUCGCGGACGAUCUCCCUCCAGAUCGGCGUCGCCGCCCAAGCCGCCGUCCGCCUCUCACUGCGCCGAGGGAGACGCACAGCAGCAACGCUCCCCGUCCCGCUCGCAGUCCCGUUCGAUGUCGAGGUCUCGCUCGCGAUCGCGCUCCUGGACGGGCCGCAAGUCGGGAGGACGCUAAAGCAAGGGGAAGGGGGUCCAACCUGUGGCUUGGUUUGGACUAGAAUGUCAUGGACGUGUGAGGAGAACAUUUUCUGGUUGGUCAUUUAUUCAUUGAUUUAUUUUGUCUGGGGAAAAGAACUUGUGGCUACGGAUUUGUUUUUCUUUUUUUUUUAACAAACUUGUUUCUUUCCUACGCUUCAGGUUUUUUUGUUUUUCUUUUUUUUUUGCCGGAUGAGCGUCCAGUAUUUUAAAAAUCCACUCUACUCAGUCAACAGUUUUAAAAACACUUCAUAGGACUUGAUGUGUCAGGAGCUAUUAACCUUUCAGCAAUAUUUUGGAUCGGGAAAUUUGUCAGUGUUCUUUUUUCUUAUCUUUGUCAUCUGUAGGACGAAGCUAUUAUUUUCAGUAAUAAACUGUCACUUAAAAGAAA